AUGGUCAUCUUUUAUGGUCUGGAAGUUGGGACAAGGAUGUUCUCCUCCUCUUCGUUGGUGCUGCUGGUCACAUCACUGACCAUCAUCUGGGCCCAGGACUUUAACGAAGAGAGGAAAACUAACAAGAAAUCCAGGGCAAAACCUCUGGUUGCAAAUAUUCAUGACGGACAAGCCAUCCUGGAUGAGGACUGUAGCUUGGAGCUCUCCUUCUUGUUGGACAGCUCCGAGAGCGCCAAGGACAAUCAUGAGCAGGAAAAGCAGUUUACCAUGAACCUGGUGAACAGACUCCAAGGGAUGCAGCUGCAGACCGGCCGCAGCUUGGGUUUGAGAGUGGCUUUGCUGCAGUACAGCAGUCACGUUAUCACAGAGCAAACCUUCAGAGACUGGAGGGGAGCAGAGAACUUCAAGACCCUCAUAGCUCCCAUCAUCUACAUUGGGCACGGCACCUACACCACCUACGCCAUCACCAACAUGACCAAGAUCUACCUGGAGGAAUCCAGCCCCGGCAGCAUCAAAGUAGCCGUGCUUCUUACAGACGGUAUUUCCCACCCGAGGAACCCAGACCUUUUCUCUGCUGUUGCUGAUGCAAAGAACCAGGGCAUCAAGUUCUUCACUUUGGGCAUCACCCGGGAAGCCAACGAGCCAGCAAAUGUAGCCCAGCUGCGUCUACUCGCCAGCUCCCCGGCAUCCCACUUCCUCCAUAAUUUACAGGAUGAAGACAUUGUUGAAAGAAUCGUCACUAAGAUUACUAGCUUGGCUGAUGAAUCAUGCCCUCUGGCUCAGAGAUGUGCUUGUGAUAAAGGAGAGAGGGGACCAAGCGGGCCUGCGGGGAAAAAAGGUCGCUCCGGAGAUGAUGGAACCCCAGGGCUUCGAGGGUUAAAGGGUGAAGCUGGACUAAGUGGUCUCCCCGGGCGAGAGGGUACUGAGGGGAAACCAGGUUACAAAGGAGAGAUGGGUGAGAGGGGCGAGUGUGGCACUCCAGGAAUCAAAGGAGACAGGGGCCCUGAGGGACCAGUUGGAACAAGAGGACUUAGAGGUCUGCAGGGGUUACCAGGACCACAUGGGGAGAUUGGAGCAGAGGGCCCUCAGGGAAAGCAGGGUGAACGUGGCCCAGCUGGUCCUUCAGGAAUUCAGGGGGAAACUGGUACUGGACUUCCUGGACCAAAAGGUGAUAUGGGAUUCCAGGGCCGACCAGGUCCUCCAGGUCCCCAUGGAGUGGGUGAACACGGGCUUCCCGGACCUCAAGGACCACAAGGUGUUCAAGGGGGAAAAGGACCCCAUGGCGAGGGGUUUCCCGGACCAAAGGGGGAACGGGGGCUCGCUGGACCGAGGGGGCCAAGGGGACAGCAGGGGGCAGGAAUCAAAGGAGAAAGGGGUGACUUGGGGCCUCUAGGUUUUCCAGGGCCGACUGGACUGACAGGAGCGGGCAUACAGGGAGAGAAGGGAGUCGAGGGUCCAAGAGGUCCACCAGGAGGCAGAGGACACAAAGGAGAAGGUUUACCUGGACCUAAGGGAGACCAAGGUUUACCAGGAGAGCAGGGAGUCACGGGAGAGAGAGGCAUUGGUGAGCCUGGUCACAAGGGAGAUCCUGGAGCAGCUGGUUUGGGGGGUCUGCCUGGUCUUCCAGGAGAGGAAGGAACUCCAGGACAGAAGGGGGAGGCUGGAUUGUCUGGUUUAAGAGGUUCUGAAGGAGCUCAAGGAAUUGGCAUUCAAGGGGAGAAGGGUGACCAGGGUCUGAGGGGCAUCCGUGGGUUACAUGGGCCUCCUGGGGUCUCAGGACCCUCUGGACCAAAGGGUGAACGUGGGAUAUCAGGCCAGCAGGGCAUGCUGGGACAGCCAGGACGGUCCAUAUCAGGUCCAAAGGGCGAUGUCGGCCCUGCUGGUUCACCUGGUCCUGUUGGGGAAACAGGCCAUGGAUUACCCGGUCCAAAGGGUGAUCAUGGUCAUCUGGGUCCAUCUGGUCCAGUUGGACCAAAAGGCGAAGGCAUCCCCGGCCCUGUGGGUCCUCCAGGUCUACAGGGCUUAGGGGGUGAGCCGGGCCCAGAAGGAUUAGGAGUUCCUGGUCCCAAGGGUGAUGUUGGCUUUCGAGGAUUGCCAGGGUUGCCCGGCCCAGCUGGAGAGGGCUUAAAAGGACCGCCUGGCAAUGUAGGGAGGCAAGGACCUGCUGGUCCAACUGGACCUUCAGGACAAGGUACUCAAGGCCCAAAGGGUGAGCCAGGAUCUCAAGGUAUGACUGGGCCUAGAGGGCCUCAUGGACAAGGUUUACUUGGAGCUAAGGGUGAUCGUGGAUCACAGGGUGAGAGGGGCACGAAAGGUACAAAAGGAGACUUAGGAGAUGACGGAGUCUCUGGUGAAGCAGGAAGGUCAGGAGCAAAAGGAGACCCAGGCCUUACAAGAGAAGACAUUAUUAAGCUGAUCAAAGAAAUAUGUGGAUGUGGCAUCAAGUGCAAAGAAAGGCCAAUGGAACUUGUGUUCGUCAUCGACAGCUCGGAGAGUGUCGGUCCCGAGAACUUUGAAAUCAUAAAGGACUUCGUCACCAGGUUGGUCGACAGGACCACAGUCGGACGCAACGCCACCAGGAUCGGACUGGUCCUCUACAGUCUGGAUGUCCAUUUGGAGUUCAACUUGGUUCGCUACAUAAGCAAACAAGACGUUAAGCAGGCGAUCAGAAAAAUCCUUUACAUGGGUGAGGGCACCUACACCGGCACCGCCAUCAGAAAGACAACUCAGGAGGCUUUCUUCAGCGCUCGGCCUGGAGUCAGGAAAGUAGCCAUCGUCAUCACUGAUGGUCAAACCGACAAACGAGAGUCUGUGAAACUUGACAUAGCUGUGAGGGAAGCUCACGCUGCAAACAUUGAGAUGUACGCCUUGGGGAUCGUCAAUUCUUCUGAUCCUACGCAGGCUGAGUUUCUGCGAGAACUCAACCUCAUUGCCUCUGACCCCGACAGUGAACACAUGUACCUUAUUGAUGACUUCAAUACUCUACCAGCACUGGAGUCUAAACUCGUCAGCCAGUUCUGUGAAGAUGAGAAUGGCGCCCUCAUUUACAAUCACAUUACAAAUGGACACUGGAAUGGCAACAAUGGCCAUCGUCAUGGUAAUAAUGGAAACAAUGGACAUAGUGAGAACACCAAUGGAUAUAAUGGCUAUGGCAAUAAUGAAUAUGGGGAGACUGAAAAUGUUCACAAUAACCACGAGGAGAUCCAAAAUCAGAGACGCACCGACAGCCGAGGCCGUGGAGACACUUUCACGCUGCCCAUCAGUGCCGAUCCUCUCCCUUUCCAGGCGGUGGAAGAUGAUGAAGGUGAAGAUUUAGACUUCAGAGCCCAAACGCGGGGCGGUAAUGCUGUAGCAACCAAAGCUGUAGUUAACAAAACAGCGUCUUUAUCGCCUGUGAGAGAAAGCUCCGUUUCCAAUGAUGCUGUCUUAUCAUCUUCUUCGUCUUCAUCCUCAUCUGCAACAUCUGUGUCAACACUGGGCUCAGCUUCAUCUUUAAACUCUAAUCAGUUCCAGCCCAGUCCAGUCCUGCCUGAAGCGGCCCCUGUUAUUGAUCCCCGCUGUAACCUCACCUUGGACCAAGGCACCUGCCGAAACUAUACCAUCCACUGGUACUAUGACAAGCAGGCCAACGCCUGCGCACAGUUUUGGUAUGGAGGCUGCGAUGGAAAUGACAACCGAUAUGAAACAGAGAAUGAGUGCAAGAAGACUUGCGUAUUCAGAACAGGAUAAAGGGAGAAGAAGCCAUCGUAAAGUGAACUUUAUUAAUCUACAAUCUACUGUUUGUUAUUUGAAUGAGAUGCAUUCUGUCAGUUGGGUUCAGAGAAUAAUUUCAAGCACUUUUGUCCUCACACACAAAUGUAGUUUUUGAUAAAAUAGCAAGACAGUGCUAAAAGGGCAUGACCAAUUGAAUCAAAUCCUGGAAAACUGUUGACAUGUUGCUGCAUCAUCCCAAUGAAUGACUGACUGACUUCGAUAAGAUUAACUUUUACAAAAACAGACUUUAUUACCUCAAAGAAAUUAAUCUGUAGAUCAUUGUUAUACAUAUGAGCCACUUGCUUUACCUUGUGUUGAUAUUAUUUACUGAAAUAUGCUGAGUACUUGUGUGUGUUCUGUUUGUUGUUAUUAUAAUGUGUGUAAUUUCAGUAUUCAAAUUAACUGGCAGCUGUAAAAGAGGGCCAUUUCUGUCUGGGUUGGUAUUGCAGAGAUUUAGGAUUUCUGCAAUCCAUCCAUUAAAGGCUUGUCUGUUUGGGCAGUGUGUGUGCGUAUCUGAAUACAUUUGUUCAUGUUUUUUAAUAAUAAAAUGU